AUGGCGCCUGGCAAGCCUUGGGUUCCACCGGAUCGCAUUGAGGACUUGUAUCAGAGGACAGAUGGAAACCAGUUUGUGGGCAUCAAUCGCCCCGCAGCGGGCCCUCGGUACGAGGCGGCAUUGGAGCGGGGAGCGGCGGCGCUUCAGCUCUACUCCUUGGCCACGCCCAAUGGCUGGAAGGUGGGCAUUCUGCUGGAGGAGCUGGCUGUCGAGUAUGAUGCCCAUGUGAUCAACAUAGGCGCAGGCCAGCAGUUCAGCUCCGGCUUUGUAGGCGCCACUCCCAACUCCAAGAUCCCGGCUCUAGUGGACCGCGAAGGGCCGGAUGGGCAGCCGAUGGCCAUCAUGGAGAGUGCAGCCAUCAUGAUCUACCUUGCGGAGAAGCUCAAUUGUGAUGAGUUCUAUCCGACCGACCCUAGGCUCCGCUACGAGUGCCUGCAGUGGCUCUUCUGGCAGUCCGCCGGGCAGGGGCCAAUGACGGGCAACUUCGGUCACUUCAAGGUGUAUGCGCCUGAUGAGCAGGUGGAAGCGCGCAACUACGGCGUGGCGCGCUAUGGGAUGGAGGUGCAGAGGCUUUGCUCCGUCCUGGAUCGGCACCUCGCAGGCUGCGGGGACUUCUCCGGGGAAGCGAACACGAGUUCUCCCCGCGAGUUCUUGGUGGGCGACCGGUACACCAUCGCUGACAUGGCAUGCUUUCCCUGGGCCUACAUGCUGUGGCGCUCGGGCUACAACAGACCUGGCCAGCCCGACGCGAAGGAUUUCUUGGGCAUGGACAAGUACACCCAUUUGAAAGCCUGGAUUGACCGCAUUGCAGCCCGCCCGGCGGUGCAGCGCGGCAUCCGCGUUUGCGCGAGCUCCCCAAAGCCCUGGUUGGACAAGGAGAAGUCCAAGCUGUAG